AUUUUAUUUUUUGCUAAUAGGUUACUGUGAAUCAUGGUAGAAUCAUAUAAUCUUAUGUCCCAGUUUUAAAUUCUAUUAUUUUGGGUGAAAGUCUCAGAUUUGUUGCACAAUUCAGCAAAUAGUAGGUAGCAUUAACCACAUUUUCUCCAUAUUAUCAACAAUCUGUCAUUUCAAGUCACUCAAAAAUAUCUUCAGACAUCCAAGAGCAUGAACUCAGGCCUACCUAGACAAACGCACAUCUUAAAAUGAACUGAACAGUACUCGCCAGGAGCCAGGAAACCUGAGUUGGGGAUUUAGCGGUGAUGUCAAUCACCAGGAUGAACUUGAAUGAGUCCUUUCAGUCCCCUGGGUCUGUUUCCUCGUUUGGGGAGUUAUUUUCAUAACAAGGGACAUCCAGUACAAUCUAAAAUUCCAUGAUUGUGCAUUUGUUCACAAUGCAUUUUAGUUAGGUGUUUAAAUGUUGACGAGUUUUCUGAAGUCAGUAGUUUAAGUAGUACUUAAGUGUUGCUUAGAAAUCAGUAGUUUAAGCUCCAGUCACUUCCCCAAGGCUUACAGUGGGAUUCCCUGCUCGUACAAGAGACAAUGGUCUGUUUUUAUUUAGCCUUUUAACCUUUAGCACAUCUUUAGUGUGGGGCAUAUAUGAAGGGUUUUAGAGCACAGGAAGGCUUUACACAUUAGUAUGAGUGAAGUCCUGCUGUAUGUGCCUUUCCUUUCUAUCACUCUUGCUGAUUAGCCCUAGUACGCUUUGUGAUAUUUGCUUGAGAUCAACCUGCCUCCAGUGACUGCUAUUGUCAAUACAGAUUGUACAGCACUCAGAAACAUAUAUACAAUGACCCUCUUUAUAUCUCAAUGUGCCUUUUGACAUAUGGAAGCUAUGUCCCCAUGCCAAAAUAAAAUAAAUAAAUAAAUAAAAAAUGCCAGUUUGAAACAAUCCACUUUCAACAUGCCCUGACUACAGGUUUGAGUUGUGCUCCUCACAAACAACGUGAAAACUCACUCUCUGGUGUACACAGCACAUACAUACACACAUUGUGCAUCUCUUUGCACACACACAAACACGUGCACAGUGCCUAAUUUGGGAGUCCAUUAAUUGGGGUACAUAUUUUACCUGGCUGUUACCUCCAUUUCAGAUUAGGGGUGAUUUGGCCAUCAGAAAAGGCUUUGCAUGCAAUAUAGAUUGGCUUCUGUGGGCAUAUCCCAAACAAUGGACUUAAACAGAAGAAUGAGAUUAAUGUUUAUUGGAAUAAAAAUUAGGUUUUAAAUUCCUUGGGGGAAUGAACCAAAGCCAAUAUUUUCCUAUUCAUUUUUUUUUUAUACUGAUGCUGAUUGGAUCUUCUAGAGAAGGAAGUGGGGGAAUAAAAACUUCAGCAAAUUGGCUCUUUGAUUCAGAAAUGGAAUCUGGAAAGCUGUUUUAUUGAGGCUUUUUGGCAACCCCUGACUUAAUCAGUUUUGACUGUGACAAAGACAGUAGCCUCAGAAAUUCAGUGCAAAUCUGAGCAGUAGAGGGUAUUUUUAAGGGGGGAGACGGCUCAGUUGUUUAAAGAAUCCUGGGCCAAUAGCAUUUGAUAGGCGGAGUCACUGCUGUGUGCAUUGCCGAGCUAGAUAAUUCUGAAUGAAGACUUUUACCAGCACAGGCUGGAUGGACUCUGGUUCUGCCCUUUGUGCAGACGAAAGUGACUGGGUGGCCAGGCUUUGCUGACUGUCUCCGUUAAUACAGCUUGUUUGAUAAGGUUUUCUUUAAAAAAAAAAAACAUGUAAAGGAUUUAUCAAAAGCCCUCAUGAAUAUUUCAUGAGUUGAUAUAUUCAGCUGAAUGAGUUCAGUGAGUCUCAGUGUGUAACUUGCAGACAAGCCUCAUCUACAAGGAGGCUAGUGACAGAGAAAGCACUUUGGCGCAUUUUCAGAGGCAAAGGCAGCCUGAUAAAGCUCCUUGUGACAGGCUGACUUGCCAUUCUCCCAGUAUGCUGCUCUUGUUCUGAACAGCUCCAGGACUGGAACCACAGCUUCCCAAAUUAGCCUGCGAAAAGUCUUGGGACUCAGGAGCCCUUUACCCCUGCGGCAGCGUCUCUGCUAUGUUCGAGGCUGUUGUUUUGGAUGGUGAAAGCUAGAGCUCCACAUAAGACAUGACAGCAAAAAAUUCUUCCAAGGAACUUACUGCUUGUUCUGAACCCGAGGUUUGCAUAAAGACUUUCAAGGAGCAGAUGCACUUGGAACUUGAGCUUCCGAAGCUACCAGGAAACAGACCUACAUCUCCCAAAAUUUCUCCACGCAGUUCACCGAGGAAUUCACCAUGCUUUUUCAGAAAGUUGCUGGUGAAUAAAAGCAUCCGGCAGCGACGUCGCUUCACUGUGGCUCAUACAUGCUUUGAUGUGGAAAAUGGCCCUUCCCCAGGUCGGAGCCCGCUGGACCCUCAGGCCAGUUCUUCCUCUGGGCUGGUGCUUCACGCCACGUUUCCUGGGCACAGCCAACGCAGAGAGUCCUUCCUCUACAGAUCCGACAGUGACUAUGACUUGUCACCAAAAGCGAUGUCAAGGAACUCAUCACUUCCAAGCGAGCAGCAUGGCGAUGACCUGAUCGUCACUCCGUUUGCCCAGGUUCUCGCCAGCUUGCGAAGUGUAAGAAACAACUUCACUCUGCUCACAAACCAGCAGUGUCUUAGUGCAGCUAAGCAGGGACCAAUCACGAACCCCUCUGGCCCUAACUACCUGUCUGUGUGUUUGUUUGCAGAAGAAUCAUAUCAGAAACUAGCAAUGGAGACGCUGGAGGAACUAGACUGGUGCCUAGACCAGCUAGAGACCAUCCAGACCUACCGCUCUGUCAGCGAGAUGGCUUCUAACAAGUUCAAAAGGAUGCUGAACCGGGAGCUGACACACCUCUCGGAGAUGAGCAGAUCAGGGAACCAGGUGUCUGAAUACAUUUCAAACACGUUCUUAGACAAGCAGAAUGAUGUGGAGAUCCCAUCCCCCACCCAGAAGGACAGGGAGAAGAAGAAGAAGCAGCAGCUCAUGACCCAGAUAAGCGGGGUGAAGAAACUGAUGCACAGCUCAAGCCUGAACAACACAAGCAUCUCACGCUUCGGAGUCAACACAGAAAACGAAGAUCAUCUAGCCAAGGAGCUGGAAGACCUGAACAAAUGGGGCCUUAACAUUUUCAACGUGGCUGGGUACUCACAUAAUCGGCCCCUCACGUGCAUCAUGUAUGCCAUAUUCCAGGAAAGAGACCUUCUAAAGACCUUCAAAAUCUCAUCCGACACCUUUGUAACCUACAUGAUGACGUUAGAAGACCAUUACCAUUCUGAUGUGGCAUAUCACAACAGCCUGCAUGCUGCUGAUGUGGCCCAGUCAACCCACGUUCUCCUUUCUACGCCAGCAUUGGACGCUGUCUUCACAGACCUGGAGAUCCUGGCUGCCAUUUUUGCAGCUGCCAUCCAUGAUGUGGACCAUCCCGGAGUCUCCAAUCAGUUUCUCAUCAACACAAAUUCAGAACUUGCUUUGAUGUAUAAUGAUGAAUCUGUGUUGGAAAACCACCACCUUGCUGUGGGAUUCAAACUGCUACAAGAGGAACAUUGUGACAUCUUCCAGAAUCUUACCAAGAAGCAACGCCAGACACUCAGGAAAAUGGUGAUUGACAUGGUGUUAGCCACUGAUAUGUCUAAACAUAUGAGCCUGCUGGCAGACCUCAAAACCAUGGUAGAAACCAAAAAGGUGACAAGUUCGGGUGUUCUCCUUCUGGACAACUACACUGACCGGAUCCAGGUCCUUCGCAACAUGGUACACUGUGCAGACCUAAGCAACCCCACCAAGUCCUUGGAAUUGUAUCGGCAAUGGACAGAUAGAAUCAUGGAGGAGUUUUUCCAACAAGGAGACAAAGAACGGGAGAGAGGAAUGGAGAUUAGUCCAAUGUGUGAUAAACACACAGCUUCUGUGGAAAAAUCCCAGGUUGGUUUCAUUGACUACAUUGUCCAUCCACUGUGGGAGACCUGGGCAGACCUGGUUCAGCCUGAUGCUCAAGACAUUCUGGACACACUAGAAGAUAAUAGGAACUGGUACCAGAGCAUGAUACCCCAGAGCCCCUCCCCACCCCUGGAUGAGAGGAGCAGAGACUGCCAGGGUCUUAUGGAGAAGUUUCAGUUUGAACUGACCCUUGAAGAAGAGGAUUCUGAAGGACCAGAAAAAGAAGGAGAGAGCCACAACUACUUCAGCAGCACAAAGACACUUUGUGUGAUCGACCCAGAGAGCAGGGGUUCCCUGGAAGAGACUGACAUAGACAUUGCGACAGAAGACAAGUCCCCCAUCGACACAUAAUCUCCUUUUGUGUGAAGAGAACAUUCCACCCUUGACAAGCAUGCCAGCUGAGUGGUAGGGCCAGCCUACCAUGUCCAAGGCCUGCACAGGACAAAGGCCACCUGGCCUUUCCAGUUACUUGAGUUUGGAGCCAGAAUACAAGGCCGUGAAGCAAAUAGCUGUCCCGUGCUGCCUUGCCUUGCCUGCAAGCUUGGCGAAGACCCGCAGUUGUAUGUGGUAGUAGAGGCAGUUCCCAUCACAGCUAAAUGGCUUGAAAACAAAGGACACCAAGCUGAGAGCUUGCUCUGCACUAGGUGUUGGGAAGCUGUCCCAACAGGUGACUGAACUCACUCACAACUUUAUUUACAAAUCUCACCCACCCCGUUGUCUGCCAACCUGUGUGCCUUUUUUGUAAAAUGUUUUCGUGUCUUUGAAAUGCCUGUUGACUAUCUAGAGUUUAGUACCAACUUCUAUACAGACACGUGUUUAAUUCUGACACAAACAUUUUUUUGAGUCUUUCUGGAAAAAACACAAACAAAAGGAAAGAAAACAGUCUCCCUUCUUUCUUGGGCAAUAUCUUUGGCUUUACUCCAGUUAACUUUUGCAAACAGACAGGAAAGAUGCACAUCCAACCACAUGCUACUUCCUUCUCUUUGUCCAAUCUGACUCCACCGUGGUCCCUGCAACUUAGAUGUCUGCCUGCUCGGAGCAAUUUUCCCCUGUGAAAUUUCUCUGCUUUGCUCUUUGAAACUGAUGGAGAAAGCUGAACAAGCUAGGAGGCCUGGGCGGGGGAGGAGCUGUGGUGUUGGCCAUCAGUCUAGGUAGGCCGUGUGUGCUGCUGUGUCCCAGUCUCCAUGCCUCUGGGAGAUGCACACCACUUGCCACCCCUUCCCUCUCGCCUCUCUUCACUCACGUGUACUACUCUCAACCUAAACCUGCCGUGUCUCUGCCGUUGCACUGCCUUCCUGCACUAACACUUCUCUCUCGUCCUGUUUAUAACCAUGUAUUUAUUACAUAAUGUACAUAUUGUAAUGUUUUAUAAGUUAUUAAUUUAUAUCUCUAACAUUGCCUGCCAAUGGUGGUGUUAAAUUUGUGUAGAAAACUCUGCCUAAGAGUUGCAACCUUUUCUUGUAAUGUUUUGUAUUGUGUAUUAUAUAAUCCCAACGUUGCGUAAGAGAGACGUGAAGCCCCAUUAGCAAGGAGGACGGGAAUGGCCAUUGUUCCAAGGGUCUGCCCUUUCCUUAUCUGAGUCCCUAGUUCUGCUCAACCCUUUGGUGACCUGGUUUUGCAAACAGGAUUCUCAUAUUAGAUACUAAAUGGUUUAUACUGAGGUUUAUUUUGUAUAGUUUGAUAGGGGCUGGGAACACGGGGAUGUAGUUUUUACCCAUGUUCUCUCCAAGUCUCUGUCUGCACGAGUUGGGUUGUUACUGGGCUCUGCUCUAAUUGUGGCUUUGGUUCUAAAAACAACACUACAUUUGCUCACAGAUGAUGCUGAGUGUUCCCAAACUACUGACUUGGAAGAGCUAGCCUCCAUACUGCUCACAAGCAGGGGAGUCAUGUUCAAAUUCAUCAUGAAAGGAAACAAUGAGACAAUGUGAAUUUUUAUUGUAGAAUGUGAACCGAUGUCGUAAAUUAUACAAAUGUGAAGCUUCUGAUAACACUUGUUAGGCCUCUUCCUGGUGUCAGUUUCAGUCUGUAAAAUACGUGUCAUGCUUCAGUUCGGCCUUGUGACAAUAGUUAAAGAAAAUGGCACAAAUGUGCAUGACCAAUGGGUUCGUAUGUCUGUAACACUGCGUUGUUCCAGGUAGACAUUAUAUUGUUCUCAAAAGUUUCUCACGAUGUAUGUUAUAAUAUUAUUACUAUUAUAUAUUGUGCUCAAAUGCAUUCUUAAGAGACUUUUAUAUGAGCUGAAUAAACAAAAGCAUGAAUAGAUGA